GAACUUUAUCCGCUAUAUCUGAUGGAAUGCAAUACAGUUGGAGUGCACCAACUUUACCAAUUCUCCUCAGUGAAAAUGCUCCCAUAGAAGUUACCACGAACCAAGCUGAAUGGUUGGAGUCCAUCCUUAUGAUUGGAGCUUGCUUUGGACUUCCGAUUACUAUGUUCCUUGUAGACAGUAUUGGAAGAAAAAAAUCACUGAUAACUUCCGCGACAACAACUAUGUUAGCAUGGAUUGUGAUCGCUGUAGCACCGAGAGUGGAGUACAUAUUUGUGGCAAGAUUUUUUGCAGGAAUGGCUGGUGAUAUGGCAUUUGUAGCAGCGCCUAUGUAUAUAGCAGAAAUAGCAGAUCAGAAAAUCAGAGGAUUUUUGUCCAGUCUAAUCUAUAUCAUGAUGUUGACUGGUGUAUUAACAAUGUACUGUGUGGCGCCGUUCGUUCCGCUUUGGGGCCCCUGUCUAUUAGGAAUCGUUAUCAAUUGUAUAUCACUAAUUGUAUUUCCUUUCCAGCCAGAUUCACCGUAUUAUCUCCUAUACAAAAAUGAACCUGAAAAAGCUAAAGCCGCACUUCGGAAAUUACGGUCCACGGACAAUGUGCAAGAAGAAUUCAUAAAUAUAUCUGUGGCAAUAGAAAGACAAAAAGGAGAGAAAGGGAGGUUCAUGGAUCUGUUUCUGAUAUCAAGUAAUCGUAAAGCACUGGUGAUAAUGGUGAUACUCAACAGUUCACAACAUUUGAGUAGUAUCAGCGUUAUGUUGAUGAAUUUACAUUCUAUUUUGGAAGAAGCUGGAUCUUUCUACGUAGCAGCUUCUACAGGAGCCAUAAUUUUCUCAGCAACUAUGAUUGUUUCCGCCAUGUCUGCUUCUCUGGCUAUUGAUAAUUUUGGGAGGAAGGUAUUAUUAUGUUGUUCAGGAGUUGUAGCUGGACUUUCAUUGAUGGUUAUGGCGGUUUACUUCACGUUGAAAAAUAAUGGAGUCGAUGUUUUGAAAGCUAGCUGGUUACCUUUAGUUAUGAUUAUAUUAUAUGCUGCAUCAUUCAAAUUCGGUAUUGGUUUGGUUCCAGUUGUACUCACAGCUGAAUUAUUCCCAGCCAAAGUGAAAGCUUUUGGCAUGACUAUCUCAGACUUGAGUUACGUGGGAUUUUCGGUGAUAACUAUAGAGAUUUAUCAUUCUUUGAGACAUGCAUUUGGGAUUCAAGUUCCAUUUUAUGUAUUCUCUGUUUCUUGCUUCCUCACUGUUCUGUUUACAAUCCUCUAUAUUCCAGAGACGAAGGGUAAAACUUUAGAAGAAAUUCAGAUGAUUUUGAAGAAAACCAACUCAACUGUCACUGAAAAUUCAAAAAUAACACAGUUCGAUAGUACACAUUCGCAGGUCUACAGAAACGAGGGAUUUGUAGAGUGCUGAGGAUGAUUUUUAGAAAUUCCAAAUUCAUAUGGAGAACUCAUGAAGUUUGUUUGAUUGAAUGGUAGAAAUAAGGUUUCUUGAAGUUUGCGUAAUUGAUGACUUGUUCAAAAAUAUUCUUUCGUUGAAUGCAACUAUAUAUUAUAUAGUUGUUUCGUUGUU